CCUCAACCCUUAUCAGUUAUCACCCUCCAUUAUUCCUCAUCAUUCACACUUUUCUUAAUCCAAAAAAACCCACAAAUCUUAUUACAUCAUUCAAUUUAUACCAUAUUCGUAAAUCAUAGUACUUCAUAGACAUGAUUUCCAUGCAAAACUCCAUUGUUUUCAUGCAAAAAUCUUCUCUUUUUCUGCUAUGAGUGGUGUCAUCUCAGCAUUCUUGUCUAGAAUUAGACUUCUCCAAUCAUUUUCAGUAGUUUUCUUAUACUGGUUUUACGUUUUUUCAUAAGCAAAAUCUAAUUAAUCCCACCAUCAUUCCCUUAAAAAAAACCAAGAAAAUCUAGUCCACUCUUGCAUCACAACAAGUCCAAAAAUCCCAAUAAUUUUUAAAUUUUUUUCAAGAAAAUCUAGUCCCACCUUGCAUCACAACAAGUCCAAAAAUCCCAGAAAAAAAUUGAAAAAAAGCAAUGUCAGCCAUAAACAUAAUCUCGAGCUCAUCGGAGGAGGACGAGAAGAAGAGGAAGAGGAAGAUCUCGAAUCGGGAAUCAGCGAGACGCUCGAGGAUGAAGAGGGAGCAGCACAUGAAGGAUUUGAACGACCAGAUCUUGUAUUUCGGGUCCAAGAGCGGCGAGCUGACGCGGAAGAUCGACGAGAUAGGGCGGCGCUACGCGGCGGCGGAGGCCGAGAACAGGGCCUUGAGGCUGCAUGGGGAGGAGCUGAAGAAGAGGCUGCAGUUUUUAGAAGAAAUUGUGGAUACUUACAAUAGAAAUUCUUGCAUUGAUGUGGAAGAAGAUGAGGAUGGUGAUUGUUUUGUGAGGGAUGUUUUGAAAGAUUUUGAUGUUGAAAGGCCAUGGCUGCACCCGGCUUUUCAGUCUCCGGCUGUUGAUGGGAUUUACCAGUUCUGAUGGGGGAGGAAACACACAGAUGUACGUGUGGGUGUGUGUGUGUUUUGGUGGGGAGAAUGUGGAUUGUUCCAUGGAUGAUGACUUGUAAAAUAUUAAUGUAGAAUGUGCCUUUUGCAAUUGUUGUAA